AUGUCCGAUCAAAUUCAAAACACCUUAGAAUCAACACUACCAGCCCUUAAGCAUCUUCUCGACACCCACAAACUCACCAAACAACAAGUCUCCAAGAUCAUGGAGAGGCGCAAGCUCAUGCUACAUCGUCCAUUUACGAAGGAUAAUGCGUUGAGAUUUCUUGAAUAUGAAAGCAAGCUUGAUAUGUAUCUGAAGCAUAAGGACAGCUACAACACAUUUUUAGAUGUUUUGUACAAACGGGUGAUCUGUAAGUUUAGAGAUGAGGCUGUGUUUACGAUGUUUGUUAAGCAUUUGAUUGGUGAACGAAUAGUUUGUGAUGAUGAGGGAGAUAAGAAAAACAACCGCAGUUUCGAUGUUAACAGGGCACGGUACGUUGAUAAAUACUCUCUAAACACUUUAAAAACGUUUUGUCUUACCUAUCUUAAGAGGAAUAGAACGCAGUAUUUAACAUUAUUGAUGGCGAACACAUUUUAUAAAAUAGGUGAUGUGAAUACGGGCAGAAAACUGUUCGUGGAUGCCAUGCGAUUGAGCACUGAUAAGAGCAUCACCAAAAUGAUGAUGGAAUGUGAGCAGGCAUGUCACAGCACGUAUCAAACAACGAGUAGCAAAGAGAUAAUUGAGGCAUUGAGGAAAGAAUUGGAAUAGAGACCUAUAAACAGGUCAUUAAACAGUUUGUUGGUGCAGAAACGUCCAAAUAAACUUGAUUGUUCACA